UCGACCGGGGUUUGCGCGUAUCCGGCAUCCUCCCUGCUCUGGCUGAGCGCGGCCGCAGAGCAAUGUUUGAUGGCGUCGCUUAGCAGCAGCCGUUGCCCGCAGUAGCUUUCCACGCACAGGGGGGGGCCGAGAUACCGGUGAAAGAAUGACACUGAGCCCGAGAAUAAUAAACAAGGCUUUACUGAGGGAAGAACUUAUACUCCAAGCUGUGUGGGGAGUCCCUGAGGCGCGCGGAGGGGCUGCGGGGGAUUCUGGCCGUCCGGGACAGCUGGCCAGGCAGGACUCCACCAAGAAAAACUAUUUUAAAUUCAAGAUGCCACCCAAUUUAGAUUGGAAGAAGCUUAUGAGAAUUAAUGCUGAUGAUUUGCCUCGUCAAGAAGAACUGGCAGAUAGUUUGCUGGUGACUAUAUCCAAGGUUGAAGGAAAUGACUUAAAAGAUGAAAAUUCUGAGCAUGUGGUACAUCUUUUUAAAAUUACACAGUCACUAAUGAAGAUGAAAGCCCAAGAGGUAGAGCUAGCUUUAGAAGAAGUUGAAAAAGCUGGGGAGGAGCAAGCCAAAUUUGAAAAUCAAUUAAAAGCAAAGGUUAUGAAACUAGAAAAUGAAUUAGAGAUGGCACAGCGAGCUGCUGGUGGUCGUGAUACUCGUUUUUUGCGUGAUGAGAUCCGUCAGCUGGAAAAGCAAUUGGAACAAAAAGACAGAGAAUUAACAGAUAUUGAAAAGGAGCUAGAAAAAGAGAAGAAAGUUAAUGAACAGCUUGCUCUUCGAAAUGAGGAUGCAGAAAAUGAAAACAGCAAGUUAAGAAGAGAGAAUGAACAACUUCGCCAGGAUGUAAUUGACUACCAACGACAAAUAGAUUCACAAAAGGAAAUGCAUAUGUCACGUAGAGGAGAUGAGUAUGAUUACAGAUCUCAGUUAUCCAAAAAGAACUUUGAGCUUGUCCAAUAUCUGGAUGAAAUUCAGAGUUUGACUGAAACUAAUGAGAAAUUAGAAGCUCAAAACCAGGAAAUGAGGAAGAACUUGGAAGAAUCAGUGCAGGAAAUGGAGAAGAUGACUGAUGAGUAUAACAAAAUGAAACUUAUCGUGCAGCAGUCUGAUAUUGUUAUGGACCAAUUAAGAAAGGAAAGGGAACAGUAUAAAUUUCAGAUACAGGAACUAACAGACCAACUUAAAGCAAAAAAUGAAGAAGAUGAUCCCCUCAUGGCAGCUGUAAAUGCAAAAGUUGAGGAAUGGAAGAGAAUCUUGGCUUCUAAAGAUGAUGAAAUCAUAGAAUAUCAGCAGAUGUUGUUGAACUUGAGAGAGAAACUGAAAAUGGCCCAACUUGAUGCAGACAAAAACAACGUUAUGGCACUCCAGCAGGGGGUGCAAGAACGAGACAGUCAGAUCAGGUUGCUCACUGAGCAAGUUGAACAAUAUACAAAAGAAAUGGAAAAAAAUGCAUUGAUUAUUGAGGAUUUGAAAAAUGAACUUCAAAAAGAUAAAGGUCUCUCAUCUCUUGCUCAGCAGAAUCGUAUUGGAGAAAUACAGGAAAAAUUACAGCUGCUGGAACAGAGAACUAAAGAGGCUGAGACAGUGGCAGAAUUAGCAGAAUCUGAUGCUAGGGAAAAGGACAAAGAACUCAUUGAGGCUCUGAAGCGAAUGAGAGACUAUGAAACGGGGAUAUAUGGUUUGGAAGAUGCUAUUGCUGAAAUAAAAGAUUUAAAAAAGCAGAUUAAAAUAAGAGAUCAUGAGACUGAAGGAUUGAUUAAGGAAGUGAACAAACUUGGACUUAAAAUCAAUGAUUUUCUUGAUGAAAAUGAAGACCUCAGGGAACGCUUAGGUCUUGAUCCAAAGACUAUGAUAGAUUUAUCUGAAUUUAAAAACAGCAAGGCACUAAAACAGCAGCAGUACAGAGCUGAAAACCAAGUCCUUUUAAAAGAGAUUGAAAGACUGGAAGAAGAAAGAGUUGCACUGAAACAACAGAUUCGUAAACUGGCUCAGGAGAAAGGAAAAAGAGCGGCAAUGUUAGGAUUGGAUGCAGAUGACCUGCAGCUGAUUGAUAGCUUUACUGAAGAUCUGAAGACAAAAAAGGAGAAAUCAGACUUCAUGAGCACAGUUACUGUUGAUGAAGUUAAAGCAAAGAAUGAAUACCUUGCAAAAGAAUUAAAUGAGAGAGAGAAAGAUUUGGAACGGAACAGGACUGCCAUAGCCAAAUUUCAAUCCAAAUUAAGAGAAUUAUCAGAAGAAAACAAGCAGCUUGAGCAAGGAAUGAAAGAGAUAUUACAAGCUGUCAAGGAAAUGCAGAAAGAUCCUAGUGUGAAAGGAGGAGAAACAGCCUUAAUGAUCCCUAGUCUGGAGCGAUUAGUAAAUGCAAUCGAAUCAAAGAAUGCAGAAGGAAUAUUUGAUGCUAAUUUGCAUUUGAAAGCUCAAGUUGACCAGCUUACGGGGCGAAAUGAAGAAUUGAGGCAGGAGCUAAAAGGAUCUCGAAAAGAGGCAACAAAUUUCUCUAACCAGUUAGCAAAUGCUAAUGUAAAGAUUGCACAACUUAAAGAUGAAGUUUGUUUGUUACGUCAAUCGGAAGGUGCCAAUAUAGUAUUCAGAGCAGUAACCUGUCCAGAAGGGAUAACUCCUUCAAGUGCUCAUAUAGUUAAUUCUCAGAAUGAAUAUUUAAUACAUCUUUUACAGGAACUAGAAAAUAAAGAACAAUUACUUAAGAAAUUAGAAGAAGCAGUAGAAGAAUAUAAGCGAAAAUUUGCAGUAAUUCGCCAUCAGCAAGGCUUGCUAUAUAAGGAAUAUCAAAGGGAAAAAGAAAGUUGGCAAACAGAAUCUGAAAAAAUGAAAGAAGAAAAGAAGAAGCUAGAAGAUCAAAAAGAACAGGAUGCUGUGAAAAUAAAGGAAUACAAUAAUUUACUGGAUGCACUUCAGCUGGGUACGGAUGAAACCAAAAAACUACUUGCAGAAAACAGUAGAAAAAUGACCGUCUUGCGAGUGAACGAACGGUCACUGACAAGACAAUAUACAACUUUACUUGAAAUGGAACGGCAUCUUAGAAAAGAAAAUGAGAAACAAAAGGCUGAACUAACAUCAAUGGAGACUGCAGUUGGAGAAAAGAUUGGACACUUGCAGCGAUUCAAGGAAAUGGCAAGCUUUAAGAUUGCAGCUCUGCAAAAAAGUUUGGAUGACAGUGUGCCUCUGUCUGAGCUAGAACUGGCUAAUAAGCAGUAUAAUGAGUUAACUGCUAAAUACAGGGAUAUGCUGCAAAAAGAUAACUUGCUUGUCCAGAGAACAACUAACUUGGAGCACAUGGAGAGUGAGAAUGCAUCCUUGAAGGAACAGAUAAAUUCAUUAAAUAAAGAACUUGAGAUCACAAAAGAAAAACUUCACACUGUAGAGCAAGCUUGGGACCAAACAACUAAGUUGGGGGGUGACAAUGCCAUGGACAAGGCCACAAAAGCAAUCACCAACAGUGAGAUUGUUUCUAUUUCUAAGAAAAUCACUGUGCUGGAAAUGAAGGAACUAAAUGAAAGACAGAGAGCUGAACACUCGCAUCGAAUGUAUGAACACUUAAGGAACACUUUAAAGCAAGUGGAAGAACGUAACUUUGAACUGGAAACGAAGUUUGCUGAGCUUACUAAAAUCAACCUCGAGGCACAAAAGGUGGAACAGGCAUUAAGAGAUGAAUUGACAAACAGUGUGAGUAAAGCAAUAAAUGAUGCGGACAGACGAAAAAUCAUGGAGCUAGAGAAGAGUGAAAUGGAACUGAAGAUUGAGGUAUCAAAGUUAAGGGAGCUUUCUGAUAUUGCCAAAAUGCAAGUUGCAGCUCUGGACGCACGGCAGCAAUCCAGAGAGAAGGAAGUGGAAUCCCUUCGAAUGCAAGUUUUAGACUAUCAGGCACAGUCAGAUGAAAAAGCUCUUAUUGCAAAAUUACACCAGCAUAUCGUAGCUCUUCAGAUUAGUGAGACCACUGCUGUGGGCAAGUUAGAAGCACUUACAAUGAAACUGCAAAAGAUGGAGAUUUAUAAUCUACGCCUAGAACAAAAGCUUGACGAGAAAGAGCAGGGAUUAUACUAUGCCCGACUAGAAGGAAGAAAUAGAGCCAAACAUCUGCGCCAGACUGUGCAAUCUCUGCGGCGACAGUUUAGUGGUGCUCUGCCCUUGGCGCAACAGGAAAAAUUCUCUAAAACCAUGAUUCAGCUGCAGAAUGACAAAUUAAAAAUCAUGGAAGAAGUCCAGCGUGCUCAGGCAGAGCGUCGAAACAUAGAGAACAGAGCAAUGGAGAUGGAAUUAAAAGUAAAAGGUUUAGAAGAGUUAAUAGGCACACUGAAAGAUACAAGAGGAGCCCAAAAGGUAAUUGAAUGGCAUAUGAAAAUGGAAGAACUUCGUCUCCAGGAACUUAAACUGAAUCGAGAGUUAGUCAAACAAAAAGAAGAGAUGAAAUAUUUGAAUAAUAUCAUUUCUGAAUAUGAGCAUACCAUCAGCAGUCUGGAAGAAGAAACUGUACAACAGAGCAAGUUUUAUGAAGAGCGGCAGAUGGCUUGGGAUCAGAGAGAAGUAGAGUUAGAACGUCAGCUAGACAUAUAUGACCGUCAGCAAAAUGAAAUACUUAGUACUGCUCGAAAGUUUGAAGAUGCGACAGGUUCGGCUCCAGAUCCUAGUUUGCCCCUUCCACAGCAGCUUGAGCUAGCUUUGAGGAAAAUUAGGGAGCACAUUCGAACAAUCCUAGAAACUCAGGCAACCUGCAAAUUAUUAGAAGAGAAACUGAAAGAGAAAGAAACUGCACUGUGGAAAGCAGAACAAAAUGUUUUAUCAAGAGACAGAGUUAUAAAUGAACUAAGGCUUCGAUUACCUGCAACAGCAGAAAGAGAGAAGAUAAUAGCUGAGCUAGGUAGAAAAGAAGAUGAUCCAGAACACCAUCAUGCCCUGAAAGUGGCCCACCAAACCAUUACAAAUAUGCAAGCAAGACUAAAUCAAAAGGAGGAAGUGUUGAAGAAGUAUCAGCAUCUUCUUGCAAAAGCUAGAGAGGAGCAAGAGGAAAUCUCAAAGAAACAUGAAGACGACCUCCGGGUUCUACAUCAGAAGCUAGAUUUGCAAGCUGAUAAUUCACUUAAUAAAUUCAAACAAACUGCCUUGGAAUUAAUGAAAAAACCUUCUUUAUCAGUUCCCACCAACAAACAUUUCAUUCGUUUGGCUGAGAUGGAGCAAACAGUAGCAGAACAGGACAACUCUCUCGCUUUACUUCUAGGCAGAUUAAAGAAAACAUCAUGUGAUUUGGAGAAACAAAAACAACUUACUUUAUUAAAAAUCAAAGAGUUUGAAAACAUCAAGGCUCAGCUUGAAGAAAAGCAUGUAGCUGAAGUGAAAAAACUGAAAGAUGAAGCAAAUGAAUUGAGAAACCUGUUAUCGGAGAUAGAGAGAGAAUUGCUGCAAGUAAAAACUGAAUUAGAGGCCCAAAAAGAAGCAAAUAACAGAGCGCCAACAACUACAAUGAAAAACCUAGUGGAAAGGUUGAAGAACCAGUUAGCCUUAAAAGAGAAACAACAGAAAGCUUUGAGUAAAGCACUUCUGGAGCUCCGAGCAGAAAUGACUGCUAAUGCUGAACAGCAGAUUAUUUCUGUAGCAUCACAAAAAGAGGCAUACAUGAAUGUUCAGCAGAUUGUUGACAAACAAACAAAGGAGCUCACGACUCAUAUAGAGGAAUUAAAUGAGCAACUUACAAAAUUCAAAGAUGCCCUUAAAGUAAGUAAAACUAGAGAGCGCUCUUUGUUAGAUGAGAUGGAUGAUUUAAACCAAGAACUUCAAAAAAAGCAAAAAGCCAUUACUAAAGGGCUAAGAGAAAAAGAAGAAAUGGAAAACGAAAACAAAGAACUGAAAAAGCGGAUAAAAAGACUAACAAACAGCAUUCAGAGCAAAGCUGAUGAACAAAAAUUCAUCGAUGAACUUCAGAAAAAAAUUAAAAAGCUUGAAAGUGAAGUUGAAAAGAGUGAGGAGGUAGAAAAGAAAAGUGUAAAAGAAGACAAGAGCUCUAGGGAAGAAAUAGCUAGGUGGGAAGAGGGUAAAAAAUGGCAAGCAAGAAUGGAAGGGAUGCGAAACAAACUAAAAGAAAAGGAGAAAGAAAUGGACACUUUAACAAAACAGUUCAAUACAUUAAAGGAACUUUAUUCCAAGAGGGAUUUGCUUUUGAAUGGAAUGGGGAACCAGCACAAUAAGAUGGAGGACAGUGUAGGGCACAGCAUGGAAGAAGGUACAAAGCUGGGUGUGGCUAGUGCUGCAUGUGACACAGCUGUAUUGACUAAUUCCUCUUUUGCUGACAAUGUCAGUAAACACAAGCAUUUGAAAUAUCCGUGGAAAAAAAUUGCUUCAAAUAAGGGCAAAGUAAAACACCAACCCACUCUUAGUAUUACAAAUGGCAGUGGAAUAGAUGAGGGUUCAAACAUUACUGAUGAAUGCCAUCAGGCUGCUGGAGAUGCAAUUACUGAAUUAACUCCAGAACAGGAAAUUGAAGAUUGUGAAAAACAUGAGAAUUCAAAUAAUUCUAGGGUAGGAUCAAAAGGCAAAAGGAGACACUGUCUGAAAACUGAAGCUGAUGAAAAGGGUAUAUGUGAUGAACAAGAAAAUGUAACAGGACCCCCAGAGAGUGAAUUUAAUAAAGAACAUGAUGGAGAGAAAAAAGGGAAGCAAAAAGUAUGCAAGCAAUCAACUAAUAACAAUGAAGGAAGUAGAGCAGAAUCUUGUGCUGAUAGAAUGAGCAGCAGUCAGUCUGAUUCAGGGGAGCCUUCUAAUCAACCUAAUGAUUAUAAGCCAGAAAAUAUAAAAAUGAAUAAUGGAGUGGAUAAACACACUGAAGAAGAUACAUAUGGAAAUCACCAAACCGAUACAGAGGGGACUGAACCAACCCCAGGACUUUGUGAAAUGCCCCAGCUUAAGAUGUCAGGAAUAGGAUCAGAUGAUCAGUGUCAAAGACAACAGGAGCUUCAGAAAGAAAAUUUGAGGUUAUCGUCUGAAAAUGUUGAACUAAGAUUCCAGCUAGAGCAGGCUAAUAAAGAUCUGCCAAGAUUAAAGGACCAAGUAGGUGACUUGAAAGAAAUGUGUGAGCUUCUCAAAAGAGAGAAAGCAGAAGUCGAGCGCAAGCUAGGCAGUGUUAGAGGGUCUGGUAGAAGUGGAAAGACCAUUCCAGAAUUAGAAAAAACCAUUGGUUUGAUGAAAAAGGUUGUAGAGAAAGUGCAGAGAGAAAAUGAAGAUCUGAAAAAGGCCCCAGGAGUUGUCUCUAAUGAAAAACUAGUUAGCCUUGAACUUGAAAAUGAGAGGCUAAAGUCUGAAAUGGAAAAAAUGAAACUUCAUCUGGGUGGCCAGCUGAGUAUGCGUUAUGAAUCAAAAACCAGAGGCCUGGAAAAAAUCAUUGCUGAAAAUGAGAGGCUACGUAAAGAGCUGAAAAAAGAGGCUGACACUGCAGAAAAGCUACGAAUAGCAAAGAAUAACAUAGAGAUAAUGAAUGAGAAGUUGACUGUGGAACUGGAGGAGACUGUUAAGAGGUUAAACUUUGCUGAAAGCAGAGGUCCACAACUCGAAGGAGCUGACAGCAAAAGCUGGAAAUCAAUUGUUGUGACAAGGAUGUAUGAAACUAAGAUGAAAGAACUGGAAACUGAUGUUGCCAAAAAAAAUCAAAGCAUUACUGAUCUUAAACAGCUAUUGCGAGAGGCAACAGAGCGUGAACACAAAAUUGAAAAAAACACACAGGACUUAAAGGAACAAAUUGAGCUUCUCAAACACUUUCCUGAAGGUGCUAGCACAGAGCAAGGCCUUGCCAGAGAGCUUCAGCUUCUCAGAUUAACCAAUAAUCGGCUGGAGAAGGAAAAAGCAGAACUAGCUCAUCAGGUGGAAACUUACCGACAUCAAACAGGCAUCAAUGCAAGCGAAGACUCUGCAGCUGAGAAAGGCAGAAUUGACAAGUUAAUGGUAGAUGUAGUAGAUCUCCAGACACAGCUGCAAGCCUCAGAUCUGGAGAAAAAGCAACUUACAGAAGAAAUCAAACAGCUGAAGAGAGAACUGGGUAACUUUGACCCUUCCUUUUUUGAAGAAAUUGAGGAUCUGAAAUACAACUACAAUGAAGAAGUAAAAAAAAAUAUUAUCUUGGAGGAGAAAUUAAAGCAGCUUUCUGAACAGUUUGGUGUUCAUGUGGAUAUUCCAGCCAACGUGUCUAUUGAUUAAAUCCAUGUUAAAUAACACAUAAAUUGGGUCACUUGGCGGUUAUGUGUAAUACCACUUGUAUGCAAGCUUGAUUCUAAUUUCUCACUGUUGUGAAUUAGGACCAGCUCCACUGAAGUUACAAUAGUUUGACACCAGAGAACGACAGAAGCAGACUUUUCAAAAAAGUUACUAAAACCUUGUCAUUAGUGCUUCAGAUGCUAUAGAUCUAGCAAUCAAUGUGAAAACUUGUCUUAUUUCCUCCCCACUAGCUUUAAAUAUUUUAUGCUUUAGUUCAGAAGUGACAGCAGGAGAGAUCAAAGGAUUUCAGCAAUCCUG